AGCAUUGCAGAGAAACAACAAUGGCUUAAAUACGCAAUUGGAUAUACAUGUACACGUGUGUACGCAACCUAACAUGACAUUUUCCAACCCUUAAUUCAGAGCAUGCGAAUUAAUUAAGCAAAACAAAGAAUUGACAUUGCUGUAAAGUGCAGAAUAUUACUCAACCUGAAAAAAGAUCGUGAAUGAUUCAAGUUUUUUUUUUUUAAAUACGAAUGAAUGUAUUAUUAGACGUAUAGGUCUGUGAAAACAUUUUCCAAACAAGAAUAAUACACAUUGACGACUCGUUAUUCUUCAAACUAUAGUUUAAGCUAUCGAGCGUAUGCAGGGCACUUGGUCUGUCCACCUCCUCAAAAUCCGUAUAAAUUGAAUAAUUACACGUAGGAUGAACGCGGGUCUCUCUCUGGGUUCGUCUAAUCACUUCCACUCUGUGACCACGCCCCUACCCAUUACCAAUGCGUCAUCAUCGGCGGAGAAAUCACAGCGAUACACUCCGCUCAUCGUGACUCCGUUGGUCUGGCUUGGCCAGCUAAAUAUAAAAUUGUAGUUGUUGCUCUGCCUGUAAACCAGCCAUACGAGAGAAGAAGAAGAUUACCGUCAGCACCGCUCGUACACGAGGACCCACCCGCCCCGGAGACUCAUUCGCGACUCACACGUGUGCGUCAGACGCACCCCAGAGGCUGAACGAAUUGUUAAGUUGCUUGCCGCAUGUAAUCAACGCAAAAGUGGCACAUUUUUGCAAAACCAAAUCGUACACAUUUUUACUUGAAUAUUUUAUAUAUAUGGCUAUAACAUACAUGCUGGCAAAUGUUUAUAAUAUCCACGGUACCAAAUUUGAGUUCAAUACAAAAAAAAUUACAACCCCGCUGUUAAUUUAGUGAGCCGACGAGAACACGCUUGCUUGUAUUUUGCCCUUUUUGUAAUAGAAAACAGCGUGCAUGCGUCAUGUUCUCGGGUCUUGUUACACACGGCAUCACCAAGGGGACUCACCUUAGCAACACGAAUAAUGAAGGGCACGAUAUAUUUUUACAGACUUUUGAAUUUCUGCCCCAGCCAACGCAGAGAGACGUAAGCUCUGGCCACACGCAGUUACAGCUUCUUGGACUAUAUAGCUCCCUCCCUAUCUCUCUAUCUGUCUCUCUCUGCCAUUCGUAGGUGGACUAUUUUAACUUAAUCGCACACAUAUAUUACACCUAUUAAUAGUUCAACACUGCCCGUUUCGAUCAUUCGCUGGCAGAAGUUUCACACAUUCAUCAGGCCACCUUUGAAGCCGUCCCCACUCACCAACCUCGACAUGAACAUAAACACGUGCUGCUGCUGCUGAUCAAUUUCCCCACCACCAAACGAAAGGAAGAGAAGACGAACACAACCUGCCAUUCAUCAACACGACCAUCGAGCAAGUGGCCCAACGAAUCACACAGCCAUGAUGCGACAGCGACAAUCAGUCCUGGAGCAGAGCGGCACACAGGCGCUGCUCGAAGCCAUGGGGAAAGGGAAGCUGCAUUUGGCCCGCUUCAUCCUCGACGCGUUAGACCGGAGGAUCGUGGACGCACAGGUGGCCUCUGGCCAGACCCUGCUCACCCACGCCGCCUCGGCGCUGGACUCGGGCCGCGCCGCCUUUCUCCGUCUCCUUCUCGACUCCGGCGCGGACGUGAACGCGCAGGACAGCGAGGGUCGCACCGCGCUGAGUCACGCCAGCGAGAGGGGACACCUGGACGCCGUGCGCCUGCUGGUGCAGCGCGGGGCCGACCCUCGCGUCUCCGACCACGGCGGGCGCAGCGCCAUCGCGCACGCCAGCAGGGCCGGCCAGAGGGACGUGCUCCAGUUUCUGCUCAGAGCCUUCAAGAGGUUCGGCCUGCAGGAGCAAAGCGUGGCCGCAGAGCCGCGGCGAUGCGCGUCGGCGGGCGCGGACGGGAGCGAGGGGGAGUCAUCGUCCAGGUUUGGUGCGGACGAAGAGAAGAGCGAGAAGGGAGAUGAUUAUGAUGGGGACGACGUGGACGAUGGACCAGAGUUGAGAGAGUUGGGCGCCUUCGUGAAUGCGAGCAAGAGGCGCUGUGACGACGAAGAAGGGGAAGAGGAAACGUACAUGGAGCUGGACACAAACACGAGUCCGUGCUCUUACUUCAGUGCAGGCGACGUUCGUGCCGACAAGUGAUCGAUGUGGAGGAGCAGCGAGAGGCAAAAGACAAGAGUGCCUCUCUCUCCCCCAACCCCCCAGUGACAACUCCCCCACCCACCCCCUUCCGCGCCCCCCACGGCUAUGAACAAGAUUGUUGUACAAUAUGAAAUGUUUUCACUUCGAAUUUGAACAUGCCACGCAAUGCCUUACCUAUCUUAACUUCGCUCUCCAACUUGCUGUAUCCGGUUGUACCUCCGUGUUGUUUUCCUUGGCACGAUGUCCGACGUUUCGACGCUCGUGCUGGGAGCUUCUUCAGGCUCGUUACAAGACACACACACACCAGAGUGCUGUCCAGCGCGACCAUCGAAAACCUACGCAGUCUUAAUGUCUCCGGUUGCCGUUACUCUGCCAGACACCGCUGCGCCCGUGCAAAGCUGUCAAGUCGAAGUCAGACUGAAUUCAAAUAGUCGGUAAACUUUUUGCGUACAAAGCCCAUUGCGGCAAUGUUCACGCCCCGCUAAGAUCGUGACGCUUCCUGUAUUGGUGUCGAGAGUCGCCGCCCGCCCGCUCCUUGCUGCCUUUGACCAUCGUCACGGGGAAUAAAGCGGCGGGCAAUCCACGGCGGAUGAGACGCCGUGCUUGGAGUCUUAAAUUCGCAGUGCCUCGUGGUGUCAAUAGUCCAAGGGCCAGAACACUUAUUAAAUAAUAUGAUUGCGUCAUUCGCGUUUUUUUUUUUGGGGGGGGGGGUCAUAUAAACAGCUUGGCACAACUCAAGUGUUGUUAUCUCAAGGUGGUACGUACAAUUAUAAUCUGUGAUUCGGGGCCAAGGGGACUCAAGCUGCAUAGCGUGACCUCACGUACCGGAGCUAAAAUAACCGCAUAAUUGCCCUAUACAUAAGUGUAUGGAUUUCAAUUAACGUUCAGCCUUUUGUUAAUCCACUGCUGGAUGAAGUUGUGUUCCCCGCCCCGUGUCGGUCGUGGCUGUUGUUGGACCCUACUCCACCACGCUGGUCAGUGCAGGUUCGUGAAAAAUGAACGAUGCAGGACCCAGGACUGAGUCUGAAAUCGCCGGCUACCGACAAAACGUGGGUGCGGGGAGGUGGCUGGGAGGUUCAUCCAGCAGUGGAUUUCCAAAAUGCUUGAUCGUUUUAGGUGUAUUGAUAUUAUUAUUGUUAAUUACCAACUUCGAUGAAACGCUAUUGUCUGGAUAUAGCCUACAGCUAAAUCGCAAGCAAAUGAGCAUGAAUUUCACUCACUGCAGAUUUUUGCGUGCGCAUCUGUAUACAGCGGCAGCCACUGCCUUGUUGAGUUACAUGAACUCGCCAAAGUAACCCAUGCAGAUACACACAACGUAUAUCCACAGACCAACUGCGUGUACACGUUUUCCCCAGGAUAUCUUGUGUAUGUACACAUAGCGACCCGUACACAUAGGAAUCUACUCUCGGACAUCGUGCUCUCUGCAUUCUAUUCAAGUCGUGCUCACGGCGUUGCGAAAUACAUUGCUCAAUUCGCUCACGUUUUGUUCCCUGCAUUCAUACGCAGCCAUUGCCUUGUGUGCGGUGCAAUUAAAUACGUGUGAUGCAAUGAGAUUGUGGACGUAUGCGUCGAUGUUUAUAAAGUCGAAUAAACACACUGUCACGCAUUACUCCGGCAGUGCAUUGGCCGUGUGUAUGACGACGAUGAAUCGACACUCGGAGGUGGGGAGCGA